AUGAAAACAGGCGCACUUUCUUCGAAAAAUGAUACUUUUUCACUUGAAAAAUGGAAUUCUUACUACAGCAAAUUAUAUUUACCAAACACCGUUCUUCUUACUAUAUGGCUUAUCAUCGGAACGCUUGGAAAUGCAACUGUAAUUUUCGUUUACCAAAAAGGGUUGAAAAACAAAGGGCAUGGGCGCUUUUUCAUACCGAUCUUGGCAACUGUAGAUUUGAUGUGUGUUUCAGUAAGUGCUACAUUUAACAUAGUCCAGAUUACGGGACGUGUCACAUUUCCUGACUCGUGGAUUUGCAAAAUGUUUUUUUACUCAAUUCGGGUGAUUUUGACUCAUUCAAUGCUUAUUAUGACAGUGAUCGCUAUUAGCAGAUUUCAACAUAUUUGCCAUAUCAUAAAGUAUCAAAUUAAAACAUUUCAUUUGUGGAUCGCCAUUGCAGGUACCGGAAUAUUUAGUAUGUUGUCUUAUAUUCCAACUUUUUUUGCAUUUGGAACUGUCGAAGUUUACAAAGAAAACAUUACUGGGUACAAGUGUAAGGAAAUAGAUAAUGAUGCCAUUGCAUUGGAUAAAGGAAGUUUGUAUUUCAUGGCAGUCGUUCAUGGGACAAGUAUACUUCUCAUAAUUAUAUCAUACUUUUCGAUAGCAGUCUUUAUCUUUAAAGCAUACUGCAGACGCAGACGACAUACUAUGAAUAUAAAUACCAUUGAAUCGGAAAACGGGGGAAAUGGUUUAACAAUGCGAUCAGGUCCAAAAAAUAAACAAAUGAAGACACCUUUAUGGUCGUACCGAUUUACAUUAAUGUUUUUCACUCUACAAGUGUGUAUGCUGGUUGGCUAUAUACCUCAUGUUAUUGCAAUAAAGAAAGAAGAAGCAGAUCCUAAUUUCUGGGACAGGAAAAGUGACGAUAUUUCUAAAAAUGUUCAUUUGGCAAUGAGAUUGCUAUACUUUACAAAUGCUGUUAUCAACCCUUUCUUAUAUGGAUUUUUUGAUCCCGCAUUUCGAAGAAAACUUGUAUAUCUGAUUUGCAACAGAAAACGUACUGGGUUUGCUUAAACUAUACGCAAAAAGAAGUUUCUUUUUUUAAAGUAUGUCAGAAAUUAAUGGAAAGAAAUA